GGAAGUGCACAGCUCAGCACAUGUCUGAUUUGGUGGAAAGAAUGGGGCCUGGACGGGUCCUCUCUGGUAUAAAGGACAUCACCGAUAGAGCGUUGCCCGCUAUAACCAAGUUUGCUCAGGAUAGUUCUCAGGAAACCAGAUUCUAUGGCCGAAAGAUGCUUCACUAUCUGAUGUCACAUCCCGACUUUGACAAAAUGAUACACAAAUAUGUACCAAGCAAGGAUUUACCUUCUCUAAGGGACUUAAUAAAACAUAUACAGGUCAAGGGUGUAGGAGAGAUCCAGGAUACACCAUCUGCCCGUGGAAGGAGAUCUUAUCAUCGCAGUGUUAGCAGCCUGAGAGCUUCUUCUGUUUCGCAGAAUGCUUACAAUACGCUGGAGAGCACAAUGUACAGAGACAUGAAAUCUGCAAAUAAUUAA